UGUCCCAAAACCGGACCAGGCACAUUCCAACCACGCCUCUAUCUAUGCACACACUGACAGUGGACAGCAGAGGACCGAUGAGGACUUCAGUUGUAGCAGUUUCAGUUAAAUCCCCCUUUCAAAGGUCACAUUAUUGGUUUAGUAUAUGUUUAGUUAUGUGUGUAGUUUAUUAUAUUAAAGUUGUACAAUGAUAUGUGCAAUAUGCAAAUUUGGAAGCAGUCAUAUGGGGCGUUUAAGCUUGUGAAGUUGUGGGUCUCUAACGUUCCGGAGGAAUGAACUCGUCGUGUGCGCGCAGUUCCGGAGGUUUGAUCGAGCAAACUCCACCCAGCGCACACUGAUACACACACACACACACACACACACACAUACACACCACCUGAGAACCUGUGGCAGCGUAGUCGGGGAAAAAAGGCUGCUUGCACGGAUUCCUGCACAGAAAAGUUGUGUGGGUCAAAGUCCAGCAGGCGUGGAAGUGGACGUGUGCUUUGACGAUCAUGCUCCAAAUAUGGCCGUGGUAGCUGCGAGUGAACUUUCGUCCGGCGUGCAGGAAAAUGGUUUUUUGGAGGUUCUGGUGCGGGGUCGCUGGCACAAAGUUUGGGUGCACUUGAACGAGGAGGCACUGACGUUAAGCUGCGAGGAGACGAACUCCGGCACCAACGGAGUCACCACGAACGGAUCCUACCUCGACAACAACAACUCGAACAACGGUGCUACGAGUGCGCGCACCGCACACCUGGACGUUCCCGAACCCGUACCGGAGACCAUCGCCAACAGGAAGCGGUGCGUCAAGGUGACCAAGCAGGACGUCGGUGGACUCGGGAUUAGUAUCAAAGGAGGGAGGGAGAAUAAAAUGCCUAUCCUGAUCAGUAAGAUCUUCAAGGGGCUGGCUGCAGACCAGACCCAGGCUCUUUACGUCGGCGACGCCAUCCUGUCCGUCAAUGGUGUUAACUUGAGGGACGCGACCCACGACGAGGCGGUGCAGGCGCUCAAAAGGGCAGGGAAAGACGUGAGUCUGGAAGUCAAGUACAUGAGAGAGGCUACGCCAUACGUCAAAAAGGGUUCACCUGUGUCAGAGAUUGGAUGGGAAACACCCCCACCAGAGUCUCCACGUUUCAGCAGCACUCCCAUCACCGCGUCCCCCUCCUCACCCUCAGCUCGGAGCUCUCCUCAUCAGCCCUCCUUGUCCCUGCAGGGCGACAGGAGAUGCAUACCACUCAAGAUGUGUUACGUAACCCGAGCCAUGACCACACCAGAUCCAGACAACAGACAAGUGGAGUUGCACUCCCCUGAUGCUAGACACACUGUGGUGCUGCGCUGUCCAGACCAACCAUCUGCCCUCACUUGGUUCUCCGCCAUGCAUGCUGUCACAUCCACACUGGCACAGCGGGCACUGGCUGAGGUCAUCCACCACAAAACGAGGUCAGGGAUUGCUGGCAGCAAAGAGAUAAGACACCUGGGAUGGCUAGCUGGGAAGCAAAGUGAGAGUGAGAAGCAGUGCUGGAAACCUGUGCUGGUGGUGGUGACGGAGAAAGACCUGCUGCUCUAUGAUAGCCUACCUCGAAGCAAUGACGCCUGGCAGAGCCCAGCACACACGUAUCCACUUCUAGCAACACGUCUGGUGCACUCUGGGCCUGACAGAGGCUCUCCUCACUCGGGCACUGAGCUCUUCUUUGCCACUCGGACCGGCACACGUCUCGGCAUAGAGACUCAUCUUUUCCGAGCCGAAACAAGCAAGGAUUUAUCCCUGUGGAGUCGACAAAUAGUCAACGGAUGUCACACUUCGGCUGAGAUGAUCAAAGAAGUCAGUACUAGUUGCCUUUACCUGGGUCAGGAGUGCCGCCUGGUGAUCCACUAUGAGCACGGCUUCUCUGUGGUGGCUCAACCCAAAGUCCAAGAUGGUGAGAAUGGGGAGGAGGCGGGAUCUCACACGCCUGCCAAAAAACGAGUGCUCCUGUCCUACCCCUAUGAAAAACUGAGGAUGUCGUCAGACGAUGGAGUUCGGAUGCUGUUUCUUGACUUUGGAGGAAAGGAGGGGGAGAUUCAACUGGACCUCCAUUCGUGUCCAAAGCCAAUCGUCUUCAUCCUCCACUCCUUCCUCUCAGCUAAGAUCUCCCGGCUAGGCUUUGUUGCCUGACUGCGGCCUGAAACGGACGUUGGAACUCCAAUGUGCAUCCACAUGUCUGCGGUAGACCACACUGAGCCUCAGUCUGAGAGCCACACUUGAGUGAUUGUUGCCUCUCUUAGGAAACAAGCAGUCAAGAUAACAAUGGAGAAAGACGUCCAGAUAUUUGGUACAAACUAUCUUUUGAGAAGGGCUGCUGUGACUGAAAGUUGGUGGCGAAUGGACUGCAAGCAGGACGAUCAAGUGAUGAAUGUAGAUGAUAACUGGGCAUUACUGAUAUCCACCACAAUUUUUCUUUAAUUUCACUUAGUGUAAUCGUAAAUGACUUAAUUAGAAGUUGUAUUUAAUUUAUUCACAAUCAUCUCUGAGACAACAUUGGUGUAUAAAAGUUUGUUUUGUUAGCAAUGUUAGCAUUAGCAUCAACCACAUGGUCCCCGAUUAUGACAGCAAACUGAAAAUUCACUUGAGACUAUUUCUUUCAAAGCAUUCAGAAACCCUUGCGCUAUUGCAUUAUGAAGUCAAGAUAUUUUUGUAGCUAUAACUAAUCGCUACUAUUAGCUCGCUAACUGACCAAAUGACAAAGCAACGUUCAGAAACAUUCCAUACUAAAUCCAGCUGUGUCAAUAAUAAAAUGAUUUAUACAUGCUUAAUAUUAAAACAGCUUAGGAUGUUUUCAUCACAAGUGCAAGCACAACUGACUGAUAUAUAUUGAUAUACAGCGUUCCCUCGUUUAUUGCGGGUGAUAAGUGAAAUCUGUGAUGUAGCCAACAAUUUUUUUUUUUUUACAAUUGUAUAUAUUUUAAGGCUGUAAAACCCUCACCAUACACUUUAUACACUUUUCUCAGACAGGCAUGAACCUUUUUUCCCACAUUUCUCUCUUGUUUAAACACUCAGAAGUAAAAAUUUUGUUUGAAUUUUAAUGGUCAACCUACUAGGUUGGACAAAAGAAAUGGAGUUACUCAUGCAUAUUUCACUCCUCUGACCAAGCCUUUUCAUCACCGUUUCGCUGUAGUGUUUCUGUGUCCUUGAUAAAACAUAUUGCUCCUGUCAUCGUAUUUUCCUCCUCCUCGAACUGAGCAUUCAUUUACUCUGUAAUGGUGCCGUACAGUCGGUUAGCUUUGUCGUCUUCUUCUCUUGUUUAUUGGUGGUUAAGCAAGCAGCUCACACGGUUAGCUAUUUUGCUAUCAAUGACCAAACAGGAAAUGGCGUGACAGAGGUUGAUUCACAAUGGUCUACAGCCAAUGAGGACACAGAAGACAAUGGGCGGUGCAGACAAAAGAGAGGGGAGAGAGACGCAGUAACCUCAUGCGAAAGCACAGAACUACAACAUUCAAAUUCCCACAAUGAAGUUCUUCUUAAAGAGCCAGGUUCGUUUAUACACUGUUAAUAAAAACUCUUUUUUUUUUUUUUAAGCAAAAUGCACACAAAAAAUAAAAAUUAAAAAAUCAGCGAAACAGCGAAUUCGUGAAAGGUGAACCACGAUGGAGCGAGGGAACGCUGUAUAUUGUUACAGGUGUAUAUUAUUUUAGUUCCUGUGAUAAACCCAUAUGUUGCUAAGGGUAGGCUAAGCUAAGCUAAGAAAAAGCAAAGGACAAUGUAGGAUUUGGCCGUUUUGAAGCGCUUCAUUGUUAUCUAGCUGGGGUUACAUUUCCCAGGACAUGUCCUGUUUUUUUUACAAAGUCAUGAAAAUGUACAAAGGUUUAAAUGUAUUGACAUUCUAAGGUGUCUUUGAGGAAACUUCAAGUAUCAUUUGAGUAUCACAUUCCCGGGCCAAGUGUCCUGUUUUUUUGGUCAUCAAAAUAUGGUCACCCUAUUGGUAUCUCUACUGGUCAUACAUUUCAACUGAUCAUUCGAAAAGAUGAAUGGAUCAUUUGUUUCUGAGCAAGAACCCCCUUUUUUCAUACUAUCUGAUCCAAAACAUUGGAAUAAAAAUCAUAUCCUCCUGUUGUCACUGCUAAUGAAUGAUCUUUCCCUCAUGUUUGGUUAUAGCGGAAUCUCCAAAGUCGAUCAGAAUCAACUGGUUGACUACGAAGUUUAAAUGUCAAAUUUCAUAUCACAAAUAAUGUAAAGUGCAUUCAUUCAGUGGUCAAACUGUCACCACAAUUAAACCUUUAUUUACUGUUCAGGCGAUGUUUGAAGUGACAUUUUAACAUUAACAUCAUCAUAUAAGUAUAAAGACAAGUUAGCCACUGUAUAAUAAAACUAAAAUAAAUUAAAAUUACUCACCCUUUGACGACAGACACAUAAUCGAGAGGGAACAGGAAGAUGUUUGCAGAUGAUGCUGUGACAUAGUGGUGUUUCAUGGGUACUGCUGGAAUUAAUAAGCGUACAGUGGAACCUUGGAUAGUGUCAUUAAUUAGUUCCAGAAGGUCCGACAUCCGAAUGAAUUUUUCCCAUAAGUAAUCGUAUAAAUCCAAACAUGCAGAAAAUUUGAAAUGCAUAUAAAUACACAUAAAUGAUGAAUGCAAAGGAUAAAUGGCAUUUAAGGUUACAAUUAAUUGAAGACGUGAUUCUUGACAUGACUGUUCCCAAAGAUACGAUGUGGCAGCAGGACACCACCUUCCUGUUUUGCCAUGAGUUUUAUUUAUUUUUUUUUUUUAAUUGAAUCGGGUUUCUCACCUCAAUAACCCAAAAUUGAGCCAAAUAAAUUUGUAGGUGGCAGCAUUUUGAUGAAGAACUUGAGAAACACUAUUGAGGUCAAGAAAUAACGCAACAGGAAGAUGGUGUCCGUAUGCGGUCUCGCUGCCACAUGGUGUCGUCACGUCUUCAAUGAAGGUAAAAGUAACCUUAAAUGUACAUUUAUCCCUUUCAUUUGCCAUGUAUAUGCAUUUAGAAUUGUUUUAUGCAAGUAAAACUAUAAAAUGUGUUUUGUGUUAACAUUUUUGAGAGUCAAUCGCUGAUGACAUAGACGGGCGACGUAGUGGACUUCUGGUUCCAGUUGCCAUUUUGUUAACAAGCUAAGGAUGCUAACAAAGAUGUUAAUAAUAUUUUUAUAUAAAUAAACUGUUAAUUAUUACUAAAUAAAAUAAACGUUUAUGAAAAUUUCUUUUAAAAAGUAAAAAUACAUUUGGAACACAGUUGGACUCAGGCAAUGUAUUAAUAACACUUCAAGAAGUGUGCCAUAUUGGAAGAUGUACGCACACCAAGGCAAAAAAGUUGGGCAAUUGGCUUUUGUUUGGCAUGUCUUUCCACCCUUUUGAAGCAUUUGACUUUGAAGGUUCCACUGUAUUGUCAGUUGUAUGACUUCACCACUUUAAAUUUGUUCAACAUAAGCCGGUAUGAUACUUGGAAAUGGUAUGUGGAUAGGAACAAAAAAAAGCACCCAUUUUCACCUCAGAAUCUUACACAUUUCCAUCCCCAUGCACAUAUAAAAAUGUUUUUUUUUCCCAGUCCAGACAAGCAGAGUGGUAUUGGCGGUAUGUUUGAAUAAGGGUAUUUCAUAAUGCACCACUGCCUUCAUUUCAUGGUGAGAUUCUACAAGAUCAAAACAUUUUUGUGGCAAAUUUCCAUCGCGUUUUCAAGCAACCACUGCCAAGGGAGCGUCUUCAAUUCACACAAAUCUACAAGCCAAAGACAAGGUGCCGUACUAAACCCGUUACGUAUUGUUUGUCAAUCAAUCAAGCAUCAGCAUUAAUGCUGCACAGUCAGCAGACACAUCAUUCUUGUGCCUUCACAUUCUGAAAUAGCUUGCAGGAUGAGCAUGGAGCAACAAUGUGACUAUAAGAAACAGUCAUUUUGCUUUUUGUUUGCUUUUCAAAUACUUUCUGUUGUGCACUGUCAAACCAUGAUCCUGCAACAUGUUGGUCAUGUCAUGUUCAGUUCAUUGUUGUGACACAACAAUUGUAUAACAGAGAAAACGCCAGAGUGAGAGCUUUUAUGCUGUUUUGAGAUAACUCGUGUUUUUCACUCAAUUGACCCUCAUAAAUGAUAUAUUUAAAAGAAAUAAUGCUGUGUUUGUUUUUAUUGGUCUCUUAUUAUUGUGAUGACUAGAAAGUUGCAACCAUCCCAGCCAGUCUUAUCAAGGUAAUGGGAAGCAUGAAAAAGUUCGAUUUAAAUAUAAUGACACAUGUACUGCUACAAUGAGAUUAUUAUCAUUACCAUUAUUUAUAUAACAAUAAAUAGAUAAAUAUUAAUAAAAUGUAAAUAAAAAUGCAUAACAAAUAAAAAAUAUAUAUUCUUGGCUUAACACUUUGAAUCUUUCAUUCUAGGGCUAAAUAAGAAGCGAUCACUGCUCACUGGUCUUUUAUUUUGCAGUGUCCAUUGAGCUGUCAGUGUCAGAGUAAAAAAAAAUACUUGUGACAAUUGUUUUUGUUUGUUAAAUCGUAGUUAUCAGUGAAUGGUUGGUUGGUUUUUCUGUGAGUUCAUGGCUGCAUGUGUUUGAAUCUGGCUGCCAUCACAGCCAAGAUGGCGU